UUUAUAUGAAAAGUAUAGUUUCUUUCGUCCGUAAAGUUCUUGUACGAACAGUGUAUUACGCAUUAUCAUAAAAUAGUGAAACACGAAUGUCGAAGAUCAGAUGAAUAGAAGAAGAUAAACCAGUAUAAGCGAUCUCUUAGUGUUGUUUUCUCCUAAUACGCAAGAUCACAAGUGCUAUAGUGUCCGGCAAAAAAAUGAGGUUGCUAGUCGUAUCUCUAGUCUUUGUGGCGAUGAUCACUAUUGCGAAAACACAAAACGGAUAUGCAACCAAACCAGGUUCGUGUCCACCUGCCUUACCUGUGCAGUUCUGCGGACAAUCCUGCUACUUUGACGCACAUUGCGCGGGAAUCGGCAAAUGUUGUCAAACUCGAUGUGGCGGUUCCAUUUGCUCCAUGCCUGUCACGAUGACGCAAUCCCGGACAGAGAAACCAGGAUCUUGUCCGUCGAAACCGACAGGAAGAUGGGUAUGCACAUCGACUUGUAAUGGCGACAACGAUUGCAAAGGGACAUUUAAAUGUUGCAAAAAUAGAUGUGGAGCCCUAGCCUGUCAAAAGCCAGAAAUACAAGUACCCGAAUUCAUCGAAAAUCCAGUUGAACCGGUUGUUUCGCGAUUCGGAAACGAUUAUAUUGAUUAUUAUCCCUAAUCUCGAUUUUUAUAUGCCUAUUACAUUUAUAUAAUAAUUAAUAAAUCUAGCACUGAUU